AUGGCGUCCUCACCGGGCGAUUCUUGGGCAGUAAGAUUGACAGCUUUAUUCAUACGAUGCUGUGGCUUUUGGGCAGAGGACACAAAAUUCGGGAGAAAAGUUAUGGAUGCUAUUGUAACAUAUUCACUUGUUGCUCUUCUGUUCGCAUUCUGCGUCACUUCGAAUGAUUUGUACAACUGUUACGGGGAUUUCGAUAGAUUCACCUAUUGCGGUCUCAAUGUCGUUACCGUGGGAUUUGGUUUUUACAAGCUUGUAGCAUUCUCUGUGAAGCGGCGAAUGUUCCUAGAUUUAAUUCAUUAUGCCAAGAAACACUUCUGGUUCUGCCAUUAUGACGAUUAUGGUGCUGAGAUAAUGGGGAAUUGCAUGAAGAGAUGUCUUAGGAUCAUUAUAUUCGCGGUCUUCAUGUGCCAUUUGACGAUCAUAAUUCAUUACAUAAAGCCUUUGAUAGCAAAUCAAGGGAAGAACGAAAGCGACAGAAUUCUCCCGUUCCCACUGUGGAUUGACUUGCCCGUCACGCUGACGCCAUGGUAUGAGUUCUUGUACAUUAUCGAGAUGUUCUCAGGCUAUCACUGCUGCAUCUGCUACUUCUGCUUCGACAACUUCCUCUGCCAAAUCAACAUAACACUCGUUGGUCAGUUCGUCAUUCUCCAGAAGGCGUUCUGCGAUAUUUACGACCAGCGUCUUGCGCUACUGUCCAAUGACGAGAGUUAUAUCCGAGCGAGAUUCGUUACAUGCGUUGAGAAACACCAGGCGUUGAUCGCAUUCACAGAAAAAGUGAAGGAGCUCUAUCGAGAUGUUAUUCUCGGAGUUGUUGUACUUCUCAGUUUGCUGAUAUGUCUAGAGUUAUUCCAGCUGAUGACGACGGUUGGCCAGACACUCGCCCGAAUCCACUACUGCGUGUACGCUGGAGGCAGCAUAGCCCAACUUUACUUCUUUGCACUAACCUGCAAUGAUCUGACAGAAGCAAGUCUCGCGAUAGCCAAUGCAGCGUACGACGUGCGAUGGUUCCUGAUCAGGUCGGAGGUCAAGAAGAAUGCUCUCGUGAAGGAUUUGCAAACUGUCAUCAUCAGAUCGCAAAAGGCUUGCAGUCUGACUGUCGGUGGAUUCGCACCCGUCACCCUAAUGACGUUCACGUCGAUUUGCAACAGAGCGUUCUCGUUCUUGACCCUGAUGAGACAGAACACCAGAAUUCUUACAGUUUGUCUCUUCCAAUCAACAAGCACGAUGUUGAAGAUAGAUCGUGAAGAAAGUGGUACGAUCCAGUGGACCUACUUCUUCCUACGUUGCACCGGUUUUUCGGUACCAUCGGAUCCCCGAAAAGACUUGCUGAAGUGGGUUCGUCUUUGGGCAUUCUGCGUGCCGACACUCGCCUGUCCCAUCACCUUUGGAGAUUUCUACUUCAAUUGUUACUAUGGGAGUUUCAAUGACUUGUGCUACUCCAUGAUCAAUGUCUUGACCAAUUUCUUCGUCAUGGCCAAGUUUUACGUGAUUAUAUUGAAACCACAGUUUCCGGCUUUCCUGCAGCUGACGCGCGAUGAAUUGUGGGGAAAUGCUGUCACGGAUUAUGAUAGAGAGAUACUGAGACAGUGUGAGAAGGAUACAUUGUUUUAUCUAACAAUUUUCUCAAUUCUCGCGCAGAGUUCGUCGUUGGCUUACAUUGUCGAGCCCAUUCUCUUCAACUGUCUGAACCACAAUAUGACGGAUGUCCGUGAACGCCGUUUUCCUUUGAAGGUUUGGUAUGACCUGCCGAUUUUCGAAACCCCGAAUUUCCAGAUAUUUUUCUUCAUUCAGUUUUGCUUCAUCUAUUUCGCAUCAAUCCAGUGGCUAGCCUAUGAUAACUACCUAGCCCUCGUCAACAUAUACUCCGCUGGACAAUUUAAAAUACUGAGAAAAAGAUUGAAGGAUUUGUAUGAUAAGGUCGGUAAGGAUGGUGAAUCCAAGAAGUUGGAUGACCACGGGGUUGAAGACGAAGGCUAUCUGUCCUCCGCCAUCGUCAAUGAAUUCAAAGACUGUAUCACACGCCAUCGAUUCUUGAUAGACGUGAUAGAACAACUGGAUAGUAUUUACACUAUUAUAAAUUUAGUCCAGGUCGUUACCUUUAGUCUUAUCAUCUGUCUGGUUGGCUAUCAACUCAUCAUGCCUGGCAAUCCAUUGUUCCGAAGAAUCAAGUUUGUUAUCUACUUGGGUGGUUGCAUCAUUCAAUUAUUUUCUUUCGCUAUAACUUGUGGCAAUGUGACUGACGCUAGUGUCGAAGUUGCUGACGGUGCGUACGAAUCCAAUUGGAACUCCAAGAAUUCAUCAGAGAGGGGUAGAGGAUUGACCAAGGACCUCAUGAUGAUCCUUGUGAGGUCGAAAACACCAUGUUAUUUGACUGCCGCGGGAUUCUUUCCAGUUACUCUGAACGUAUUCAAUUCAUCAUUCUGCACUGGCGCCAUGGCGUCUACGAUACAAGCCCUCCCCAUGCGAAUAACAUUUUUCUUCUUAUACAUCGCUGGUUUUGGAAUAGCGAAAACCGACAAAGAUAGAAAGCUACUGAAUAUGUGUCUAGUUUGGUCGUGCUCCACGGUACUGGUAGCAUUUUCCAUUACGAUCGUUGAUUUGUACUACGUGUGGGGAUCUUUCAAUGAUAUGGCAUACUCAGCGGUCAAUCUUCUCACGGACGUCAUUAUAAAUGCAAAAUUUUUUACCAUCAUGUUCAAUCGCCAGCAGUAUGAGGACCUUCUGAAAGCCGCUUGCGAGUCGUUGUGGUCUGAUACUCAGACAGAGCACGGAAGAAGGGUUCUGAAGAAAUGUGAAAAUCAGGCAAUGUUCUUUAUCAUCUUGUUCGCAACGUUCGCACAAACUUCGGGAAUUGCUUAUUUCGUGGAACCUGUUCUCCUCAACAUCCAGAAUAAUAGUACAGAUGUCAAGAAACGUUUGUUCCCGUUCAAAGUCUGGUUCAACCUGCCAAUCUACGAAACCCCAAAUUUUCAGAUUUUCUUCCUCAUACAGAUGUUUGUGACUUACCAUUCCUGCAUACUGUACUUCUGCUUCGAUAAUUACCUAGUUCUCGUGAAUAUCUUCAUCACUGGACAAUUUUCAAUUCUCAAAUACAGACUAGAAGUUCUUUACAAUGAAAAAAUCAUCGAGUCAAUCACAAGGAGUUGCGUGGGAUGCGAGCAGUUGAGCGGACAAGAUGAUUCCUUGAUGUCAAUCUCUCGAGAAUUUAAGAACUGCAUAAAACGGCAUCAAUACUUGAUUGGCUUCGUGGAGCAGGUGGAGGAGAUUUACACAGUCGUGAAUUUAGCUUCAGUCCUAGUCUACAGUCUCAUCAUCUGCCUGGCUGGUUAUCAACUGAUUAUGCCAGGAAAUCCGUUGAUGAGAAGAGUAAAGUUUGUGGUGUUCAUCUCCGGCUGUCUGACGCAACUGCUCUCAUUCUCCUUCACCUGCAAUAAUGUUUCCGUAGGCAGUGUUGAGGUCAGUGAGGGCCCCUACAACUCCGACUGGUACAGCCGAAAUUGGUCGAAAAGGGGUAGAUCACUGACGAGAGAUUUUGUCAUAAUAAUCAUGAGGUCUCAGCGUCCGUGUUGUCUCACGGCAGCUGGUUUCUUUCCGGUUACACUGGACACUCUGAAAUCGGUUAUAACGACUGCCUUUUCGUAUUUGACAUUGAUAAGACAAUCUAUCCAAUGA